AUGCAGUCAUUCCUAGCCAUCGGCUCAUUGCUGGCGACAGCAGUCUUCACACAUGCUGCUCCAUCGUCCUUGUUUCCACGAGCAAUACUGAAGCCUACCGAAGACCCCUUCUACCAACCACCCACAGAUCUUGGGAGUCUACAACCAGGCGAGAUCAUCCGCUCGCGAACAACCCCCGGACCAAUUGGUGCAGCUCAGCAGUACACGUCUAUCAACAUCCAGACCUCAUACCAGCUGCUCUAUCGAACGACCGAUGCCCUUGGCAACGCUUCAGCUGCUGCUGUAACCAUUAUCAUCCCCCACAACCCCUCCUACGACAAGGUCCUGGCGUAUCAGACAGCAUAUGACUCUUCCGAUCCGAACUGCAGCCCUUCGUACACCCUCCAGCAGAAGUCCAAUGAGACCACCUACGACCCGCUGUUCAUGGCUGCUGCGCUUGAGAAGGGCUGGAUUGUGAGCACCUCUGACUACGAAGGUUUGGAAGCCCAGUACGUAGCUGGCCUUGUCGCUGGAUACGCCACCCUGGACUCAGUCAGAGCAACUCUCGCCUCAGGCUCCGUAACUGGCGUCUCGUCCAACGCAACCUAUGCGCUCUGGGGUUAUUCUGGCGGCGCCCUCGCAAGCGAAUGGGCCCUCGAACUUCAACCCUCCUACGCCCCUGAGCUCAAAUUCGCAGGCGCCGCCCUAGGAGGCCUCACCCCCAACGUCACCACCGUCCUCCAACACGUCAACAAGUCCAUCUUCGCCUACCAAGCCUUCGCCGGCAUCAACGGCAUCGCCAAAGCCUACCCAAACGUCUCAGACUACGUCGCCCAAACCCUCAUCCCAGAGAAAGCCGCCGAGUACCACGCCAUCAACUUCCAGUGCACGAACGAUACCAACGCACAGAACCGUCUCGAUUUCCAGGAUAUCUCGACGUACUUCAAGGGCGGGUUCGCCGCUCUCAACGACCCGAUCCCACAGUCCGUCAUCACCUAUGGCGCUAGCAUGGGCUUUCGUGCAACCCCGCAAGCUCCUCUGUACGUCUACAAAGCCAUCGGCGACGAGAUCAGCCCUGUCGCGGACACCGAUGCCCUGGUGAGCAAGUACUGCGCCGCCGGGGCGACGAUCCAGUACGCACGCAACGCCGUCGGCGAGCACGUUGCGGAGGCGAUUCUGGGGUCUGGCGGGGCGUUUGGGUUCCUGAUGGAUAGGUUCGAGGGUAAAGCUGUUACGCCGGGUUGUGUGACGGAGAAUGUAGCGGUUUCAAGUUUGGACGUCAGUUCGUUUGAGGGCUUUGGAACGGAGUUGUUGGCUGUGUUGGCGGUUUUGCUGCUGCAGCCGCUGGGGCCGAGGUCUUUGCAGGGGAUAUAG